CAAACCGACUGGAACGUUUCCUACUCAAACGAGUCGAUGGAGGGCCGGGAUUCGAAGAAAGCGCAGGUCAUCAAGGCGGAAAUGGAUCUGGAGCUUCAAGAUGAGGCUAUCCACACCGCCGCGGAAGCUUGCGAUCGAUAUGACGAACUGAGUGAGAUCAUUGAAUUCGUGAAGAAGGAAUUUGACAAAAAACAUGGCUCGAGCUGGCAUUGUUUUGCUGGAACAAGUUUUUGCAGCUACUUCACGUGUGAAGAAAACUGCUUUAUCAACUUCUCCUACGACGGUCGAGAAUUCCUACUUUUCAAGACACCAACCGGCAGUCCUUACUCAACCGGGACGCACAAGCUUCACAACGAGAAAACCGUUUCGCUCAAGUGGUUAAAGCGCGAAUUUACUGACCGGAAGGUCGUUGGUUCGAACCCGACCUCUGCCUUUCGACUUCUCCUGUCUAGGCUUUGA